AUGACACCACAAUCCCUGGGACCAAUGUCUCCCCCACCAAUGUCAGCAAAGUCUUUCGGCACCUUCAUCGACUCGGAGCCGUCGACGCCAGCCUACUCACCAAGGAUGGACCACCAGUGGGACGACUCAUCGGUGGUCCUAGUCCGUCCCAUGUCCUCGUCUUCUGAACCUUCCAGCCCUACUGAGCCAGUAUGGCGCAUGCUACAACCACUGCCUGUGAAGGCCCCACCAAAGCCCAAAGCCAGCACCGUCAGAGCUCAGUCCAAAGAACCGGUCUCCUCUGCCAAGGAGAUUUCAUCACAGACAUCGCUUUCAUCGCACCCUACUAAGCAGGCGAGCUACGUCAAUCGCCCCCACGCGAUCAAGCUAGCAAGCCUAUCACAACAAGAUUUCCCCCCGAAGAGCGAAGACAUUCCACAGGGUGAUGUUACGUCACCUCAGCCGACAGCCAGCACUCCCACAGCGGCCGCCUUUGGAAAACUGGCAAACAAGAUGAAGUUGAUGCUCCGGCGUAAGAACACGAACGCAAAGAAAAAGGAGAAGAAGAAGCGAGAGUACGAAGAGGUAGACCGCAUAGAGGAUGACCCCACAACCACACUCCUAGAAUCACGCUUCCCAACCAAAACCGUCCUUGUACUCCUCACCCUAGGCGGCCUAGCAUACUACUUCGUCGACAUAGUAGAAACCGACUGGACAGACAGCGUCUACGGCGCCUUCGAAACCGGCGACGAUGCAUCCCAACUCGCCCAACCCCUCCACUUCUACUCCUCAAAAGAAGAAGUCCAACACAUCCUCGACUUCCACAUCCCAGACCCCAGCGCCCCGAUGAGAGACCCCGCCGUAGCGAAGUUCUUCUCGGAGCAAUUCGACAAGCUAUGUUACGGAUGGAUGAUGACGCCCGAUGAUUCAAAGAAGGGUGUCGAAGGCAUGCCAGACGUGCAAAUGCCCAUAACACACGGAUGCCGGUUCCGCAGCAACGAGCCAUGUGAGGAUUUCUUCGCACUAGGAACGUCGCCUGGUCCCGGGCAGAACCUGUGGAAUUACUGGACUGUACUAGAUGGCCAUGCAGGACGACACACGGCAUUCUACCUCCAAUGGACACUCAUCCCCAUGGUGUCCUCCGCGCUCAGCACCCUAACACCGCACGCCUCAAGCCACCAAAUCGAAAGCAGCAUAAAAACCGCCUUCCUCGCCACGGACAAAAGUAUCAUGUCCCGCGCCAAAACAGCCGCAGCCUGGUUCCCCGCCGCCAACGCCGCCGCCAUCGCCGCGCUCACACCCGCUUUCUCUGGGUCCUGCGCGCUACUCGCUGCAUUCGAUCCCCAAACCUCCAAGUUACGCGUCGCCUGCACAGGAGACUCCCGCGCCGUCCUCGGCCGCUGGGACCCCUCCACAAACACCUACACCUGCAUCCCCCUCUCGGAAGACCAAACCGGCUUCAACGCCAAAGAAGUCGAACGACUAAGCAAGGAACACCCCGACGAACCCUCCGUCAUAGACCCCAAAACAGGCCGCAUGCUCGGCAUAGCCGUAACCCGCGGCUUCGGCGACCACCGCUGGAAAUGGGAUAACGAGACUAUCAAGGCGUGCCAGCACAAAUUCUGGGGUACGGCGCCCCGACCGGGAAAUCUGAGUCCCCCGUAUAUGACGGCGGAGCCUGAGGUUACGGAAACGGAUGUUGUGAGGAGGGAGCCGCGGGAUGGCAUGCUGUGUGGUGAUGAUGAGAAAGCAGAGAGAGGGGGAAGAAGCGAUUUCCUCAUCCUCGCUUCCGACGGGCUUUGGGAUCGGAUUUCCUCCGCUCAUGCCGUCGAGUGCGUGUCCCGCUAUCUCGCCGCGCGCGCCCGUGGCCAGGGCUCUGUGAAGGCCGACCCGGAACUCCUCCGUAACCCUCCCGUUUUCCCUCAAAACUUCUCCAGCUUGGACCCGGGUGUAACGUGCGACCCCGCGGCCGGCGAAGAUGUAGAUUGGAAAGCGGAGCCGCAGUAUUUUGCGAUUGAGGAUGAGAAUGCGGCGGUUUGUUUGGCGAGGAAUGCGAUGGGUGGGAGUAGGAGGGGACUGUUUUUGGGCGUGUUGGCGGGGCCGGAGCCGUUGAGUAGGAAUGCGGUGGAUGAUACUACUAUUAUGGUUGUUUUCUUUGAUAAGAUUGGGGAGGGUGGGGGGAAGGGGAAGGGGGGUAAAAAGGUAGAAGAGAGUAGGAGUGGGGAUGGCGAGAAGAAGAAGAGGUGGUGGUGGCCGCUGUGA